CAUACGAAGUCGCCAUUAAAGCUUUGCAAAGAAAGGCCGAGGUCGUCUGCUGUUUGUGUGUGUUUUCUUUUAAAAUGCUUCAUUUGCGAAUCGUUAAGGAAGAGAGAAACGUGUGUUUUCUUAAAGCUUGCUGAUGAAGUGUAUGGAUCUUUGAUAUACACCUUCUUGCAUUUUUCUGAGUACCUAUAAGGGAACGACACACGGUUGGAAUUAAAAGCCAUCUUGGGUAGGGCACUGGAUCAAUUAUGAAAGAAUCAUCUUAAGUGAGUCAGAUGCCAUAUCAAGUAAUCCCUCCAGCCUCUUCGGUAGUUCUAGCUAACUAAAUUAUCGACGCACAAAAUGGCGUCCCUGACUUUAACGCCGUCGGAAAAUCCGUUUUUAGUCACAACCCCGCCUUCGAACGUCGAACCAACGUCGCUUCCACCACCAUCGAGCGCGUCAUCGUGCCCACCAUGGGAGACGGCACAGAGCAUCGUUUUCCAACUGGCGUCAGUCGUACUCCUCAUCGCUUUCGCUGCUCCUUCUACGAACGGCACAGCGAAGUUGGUGACGCACACUCUGUUUGUAGUGGGUUUCAUCAUCAUGGCGGCGUGGGCGUGGCAUUACAUCUGCGCGCAUGACAUUUUUGGCUGGUGCCUUGUUUUCGCUGUUCUCAAUCUAUGUCACACGAUCUAUCUCUCCUGGACUAUGCGACCGGUGAACCUCACCCCGGAGCAGCGAGAACUCUACAACAAAGUGUUCAAAUCCUUUAAAGUGCCAAGACAUGUCUUCAAGAAACUAUGCUAUUAUGGAAAAAUCACCUCACUUAAAAUCGGAGAACAUUAUUCAGAAGAGGGCAAAUCGCAGUGCGUUCGCCUUUCAAUGCUUUUAAUGGGAAAAGUAAAGGUCUUCUGUGAAGGGGAGUUUUUACAUCAUAUUGUGGAAAGACAGUUCUUAGAUUCUCCCGAGUGGGAUUCAUGUGAGAAGAGUGAAAAGGCAGAACUUUUUCAGGUGACCCUGACGGCUUCCACCUACUGCCGAUACAUAACCUGGCACCGUGAUCAACUACAUGACUUCCUCGAGAACGAACCCUACCUGAAGCAGGUCUUCACUAACCUCAUCGGAAGCGACAUCAGCAAGAAGCUCUUUAUGUUGACUGAGCGAAACCUCAACCAAAAGGGAGGGCGAGCAGAUAUAAGGCUGCCCAGUGCAGGCAGACGUCCGGCCAAUAACUACGACAUGUCGGGCCACCUAGCUGCGGGCACACGUGGGGCAUGUGGUACUGGGAUUCCGGUAAUUCACAGGACCAGUGCUGGAGAUGACCGCCCCAUUGGUCGAUCGGGAAGGGAUAUCGUACCAGUAUAACAAUGAUGACGUCUUCAUCAACUUCAAAUUCGGUGCUUUUUGACUAUCAAGAGUGAUAUAGAUUCGAUGCUGGACAUCAGUCACAUGCAUGGGAGCCUGCUGGACACCCAGAAGAAUUCUUCAACAUGUGUCACCCAGUGCCAGGACUUUUAAAGAGGUUAUGACUUUACAUUGACCAGGAGGAAAAUGAAACAUCGAUCGUUCUGAAAGUCGGAUAUUCGUCGAAGUGUCAGCAUUAGAGAGUUUUUACUCACACGACGGAUUUCGGAACGUAGAAAAUAUAUUGACAAGUGCACGUCAUGACAAUGUGGUCUUUGUCGAAAGUUGGAGAAUCCAAUCAGCAGUGCCGUCUGUGAAUCUGGACAAACGACAUAUUUGCAAUUUUGUCAACUCCGAGACUUCGGACGUUCUGCUGUUCCAGUUAACCAAUUUUCGACAAAAACCUCUCUUUAUGAUUCGACUUGCAUUUUCAAUACAUAUACUAUGAUCUCGCAAUCGUCCUGCGUGGCGGUGCGAAAACACGCUAUUGUGGGACGACUGUCGAUGCCACAGAAUAAAGAAGAUAUAUUGGAGAUUCACAUGAACAAUAGUCUGAUGAACAUGACCAAGGAGACUUGACUUAUUUCAUGUAUUGUCAUGGUUGUGAAUAUGACAUAUGCCUUGGUCGAACUCUUCAGCCAUGACAUCGAAAUCUUGAAGGAUCUCAUUUUCCUACAAUUUCAAACUGAUUUUAUGUUAUGAGUUUUUUUUCAACAUUGCACUUUUUUCACAAAACGAAAAGAAGUAUACAGAAAAAAACAGGGUCCCGUUACCACUGGUUUGGGAAGGAUAGCAAAUCUGUGGUUAGUGUUUGGAACAAAUCACACUUGUACCUCUGAAUUUGAUUGGUCAUCGCCAAAAAGCAAAUGGUCACCAACAUUUGUGUUACGGAGCCCAGGUAAAAAUGAAAUAAAAAAAGAACGAAUUGCUAGUAUUUUAGGAUCAGAAAUGUACCAUCCUUUUUCUUGGCUGCAUUUGGCAUGUUACAAACCUUCGAAUCUAAUUCCCCAAUUCCUGGGAAAAGUUCUCGGAUACCGAAUAAAAGAUCCGUUCUUUUGCUCUACAAAUUUUUAGAGUGUCCUUUGCAAGAAUUUUUUUCUGGGCUGUAUUUCUGUAGAAAUAUAUUUGAAAGCACACCAUGCUUUCUAGCAAUGUAGUUGUCAAAGUAGGCCUUCAGCCCGAAUCGUGAACAUUUGUAAUGAAUUCGGCUUAUCUUUUCAUUCUUUCUCAAAAUAAGGUGAUGUUUUUAAGAUUCUUUGUGAAAUAAUUGUAUGACAUCCAUCCAAGGUCUGGUCAUGCAAUAUAUUAACAGAUAGUUAUUACCACAUUAUUUUCAGUUAUUAUUUUGAGGUGAAGGUGUGUUGUGGUACAUAUAAAGCAUAGUCGUAAUAAAAUACAAAUGAUCAGAAGAGUGGAGUUGCUCUAUUAUUAAUGCAUGCACACACACAAAAGAAAAUCCAUGGUUAUUCGUGAUUAAUGUUCACAUUCCACAAUUUUCUGUAGAUACGUGGAAAUCGAGCAUAAUAAAUCAUAAAAUGUUGUAUUGUGGUGAUUAAGUUAAUUCCAUUCAGAUCCAGCUUCUUACGGAUCAAAAAUACACAUGGCAUGUAAGAAUUAAUUUCCACGUGAAGUUAAUCAUAACAUGAUGAAUUUUUUGAACACCAACUAAAAUUUUAUUUUGUUGUCUAAAUUUCUCAUAAGCAUCGUCAGCCUUGCCGAUAGAUUAGGCAGGUGCACAAGAGUAAUUAUUUUAUAUCUCCUAUAACAUAACAUAUUUGAUGAAUGAUGACAAGGGUGAGAUUUAAAGGUAUACCCAUGUUAUCUUUUAAUUGGACUGCUGAAAUUGACUAAAGUAACAAUAGUUACCAGUUUCCAAAUUUCUUUACAUUUUCAUAAACGGUAACAGAUAUAAAUGAAAACAUCCUUAGAGUUUCAAAGGCCGUGGAAGUGGGGGCUGGUGGAGACUUGGGUGCAUUAUUUUGUUCGUACAUGUGAAGAAAAACCCUGACAAAGUUGCCCACUUUUGAUAACAGUCCUCCCCCACUUAAAUCCCGCGGCCUCUGAUUUUUCUUUGAGCCACAAUGGUAGAUAAGAGGGGAGGGGCAACCGACCAUAAUGCUGAAAAAGGGAUAAAAAAAAG